GAAACCGAAAACGACGAUCCAAGAGUCUUGAAUCACAAGAAAACAGGAACAAGGAAAAGUCGCUCGAAUAUAAGACUCAUCUUAUUCCCAAAGUUGGGGCUUCUUCAUUCAAUUCCAAUUUCACCAUCUACGACAUCAAGUCAUAACGACAUCAGCCACAUCGGCGCAAACCAUCCAACCACCACCUCCAAUCGUCAACCCUUCUCGUGACGAUCUACAUAAAAGACAAUACAACAAACAACCCGACUGGCCCCUAGCUUCUUCUUCUACGUCAGAGACAGUGUCUAAGGCGUGAUCGUCUCCUGUGUCGUCCAAACUUUAACCCAACCACUCAACUUUGGCAAUUUAUACCAUAAACAACACAACCGAUAUCAACACAAUGACAGCCCACAUGCAAUCAUCAGGCCGCGGCGGCGCCGGCAACAUUGUCGACAGCUCCAAGUCCCCCCGCAUCCAGCCCGAAGACCUACAAACACCCACUCUCAAGACAGCCAUGGUGACGACCGGCCGCGGCGGCAACGGUAACAUGGCCAAGAACUCGGAUCCCGUUGAGACGAGGAGGAGGCAGGAUGUUGAGCCUGUUGUCCGCCGCGACUCCUUCGGCGCCACCCACAUCGGCCGCGGCGGCACCGGCAAUGUAUUCACGGCCGAAGACGCGCAAGCUGCUCGCGAAGCCCAAAAGGCUGGCCACUCGGGAGCCACUGCCAUUGACAAGGAAGACGAGAACCACCUGCAUUUGCAUAACCUGCUGCACCCGUCAAGGACACAUAAUGGCGGAAGUCACAAGGAGAAUAAGGAGAAUAAGGAAAAGGAAAAGGAAAAGGAGAAGGAGGCCGAGCGCGAGAGACAAGCUGGCCAUGGCCACAAGAAGAAUGAAAAGAGCGAGUCGGAACUGGGGUGGGCGGAGAAGGGGAGGAAUUUUUUGUUUGGGAAGAAGGACAAGACAGACAAGAAGGAGGAGAAGAGGGAGGAGAGUGCGGAGAGGAAGAGUGGGAAUAGUUCGCCGUAGGGCGGGUUGGGUUGUGGUGCGGUCGAAGCGGGGGAUACAACUGGAGGGGCUUGUUGGGGCGCAACAGUGGUGAUCAGGGGCUGCUGUUACGAUGCUCCACGACCCUCUUCUCGGCUUCCUCUCCGAAUUGUCAACAUCUACUGAUGUCGGCAUGUUUACGGAAAGUGGGAUUUUUCUUUGUUUCAUCACAUUAUUCAUACCCAGGGGUUUUGGCGUUAAGGGAUAUUCACCUCUCUACACGGGGUUGCGAUGGAUUGGGUAUAGGCCAUUAUGCAAGGUUGGGGCUCUCCUUUUUCAAUAUCAGCAUUUUGGAUGGGGGUUGUUUUUUGACGGAUGUACGGAUGUGUUGAGCACAGCACGGAAUAGGACAAAAAGAACUUGAAGCUUGACACUAAAACAGGCAAGGAAAGAAAGAGAAGGGUUUCAAGAGUUACCCUAACUUAUCUUUCAUUUUGCCCGCUGGACGUUUGUGAUCCCAAUGUUACGGUCUUUUUCUGGUCAACAGUGUGUUGACUGAACAUGACUUCUUUCUCGGAAGCCAUGAGUUGAGUGAUGAGUCAUUUGCGUGAGAUUUGGUUUCAUGUCUAUAUGUCAGAGCAGAGAUACCAAACACCUACCUAC